AUGGCUUCACGGGAAGAGGUUACGCUCCCGGCGACGCGCCCAAAGUCACGGAAGUCGCUCGCACAUAUCCCAACAGCGAGAAUGAUGGAUCAAGAGAACAUGACGGCGGAUAUCGGAGCAUUAGGAGGCGGGAAGAGGGCCACACCAGGUGACAAAGGCUCGAAAAAGUCGAGAAGUAAAAGUAUAGGUCCUGGGGGGUUGGAUGCGCUCAAAAAUUCCAGUGGAAAUCGCCGAAAGUCCCUAGCUGCUAUUCCUCAGCCGCUUCCAAGGUCUAUUUUGAAGCCGACCAUGCCGCCGCUGCGAGAAAUUCCCGCCCACAUCUCAGCUCGAAAAGGGGGUCCGAAGAAAUCUACCCCGCCAUCGGCGCAGAAACCAGAAGAUUUAAUCGACUUCGCCUUGUCUCCCGGACCUGGCGCAACUAUAACUGGGGCCGACCGCCUCCCGAAUCCUUUUCAGAUGGACGGUAAUCCUGCUGUUAAUGAGACUCGCGUUACGUUGCGUACGGAAGAGGAACAACACUCUGCAGCAAGGGACCGGGACGAGAAAGAGAGGCAGGAACUGGAAAAGGAGAUCAUUUCUCGACGGGAUGCUCGUAGGAAAUCGCUUGCGAAUCGCCGAGUAUCAUUUGCGCCAGAGGCUACACUUCAUACUUGGGAUGUAGUCGUUGAGUACCAAGACUCCACCACCUCAUCGAAUGCAACGAGCUCAACUCGCCACGCCUCUUCGGUAUUCGGUGGUUCUGUUGAGUCACCAUAUUCACAAACACCGAGUCUCCCAGACUCUGAUGCUUCUGAGACUCCUUCAACACCACCAGAGCAAGCAGAGGGAGACAAAAAUGUUGCAAGUCUUGACCAUCAACAUGAUUUGCAUCAGGCAAAGCGACGUCGAAGCUCGGGGAUACCUCCUAUGAAUUUCAACAGCCUCGAUGAUGAAGCAUUUUCUUCAAGUCCAUUCAGUGGUAGCUCCGCAGGCGAUGCUUUUGAGGUCGGGGGGGAAGAGGCAGAUUCUAACUCGAACAGCGACUCAGAUGACAACGAAACCGCAAUGAGUAUUGAUGGAGGAGAGACUACCGAUAUGUCUAUGGCAUCAAUCAAGUCCGGCUCAAGUACCGGGUCUAGUAGUCGCUUAGAUCAGGCUCUGAGAGAGGCGGCCCGUCAAGCUGGUACUCAGGGUAUCGAAUUUGAUGAAGAUGGAGAUCAAGAGUUGACCGAAGAAGAGGUUGUUGCGUCAUUUGCACCUUGGGCAAAGUCUGCUUCCGUACAAAAUCUCGAAUCUCAACAGGACCAAGAAAACAUCAAUCCAUUUUCUGCCGCUGUCAAGGAGAAUACCCUACAACCCAGUACCGAACCAGCUGAUGACGAUAUAACAAUGGAAAUGACCCGUCCAAUGGGUGGUAUAGUCUCGGGGAAAGAACCAGAUGACGACGAAAUGUCAAUGGACGUAACGCGAGCAUUAGGAGCAAUCAUCUCUAACAAGUCUUCUAACAGCCCAGGUACGAGGCGCAAACCUAUAACCCCUAGUCGACGUCAGAGUAUACGCCGGAAAUCUACGAGCAAAGAAUCAUCAAUGGCCGAUGGUACAAUGGAGCUUACGGCAGCUGUUGGCGGUAUUUAUCAGGCGCCAGAUACAACAGCCUCGGACAACGACGAAGACAUAACCAUGGAAUUUACGUCAGUCGUUGGGGGUAUGCUGCCUCAAGGAAACCCUUCAGCGAGAACCCGUAAACUUUCCAUACUAGCUACGCAAAAGAAUCGCGACACGAGACCCCGGGAAAGUAUAGAUUCUAGCCUUGGAGACGACACCAUGGAUAUCACCACCGCUGUUGGAGGCAUUAUCCCAUCCAUUUAUUCGCCUUCACAAGACGAGCAAGAUGCAACCACUGGCAUGGAGAUAACCACUGCUCUUGGUAGCAUUUUGCAACCAGGGCCAGACCCGAGAAGCCGAGCGGAGGCAAAAAGGGUCAUGGAAGUAGAGACAGAUUUAGGCAGCUCCCCGUUCCAACUAGAAGUUGCAACUAGCCCUCUAAAAGAAUCAGCGCCAGUACGUACAGUGGCAUCAGAAACAGGUAGCCCGAGUCUCGCUGCAUUCCGUGGGAACGGCCUUCGUCGUAGCACUGAGGCAAGACGUUCCACUAGUCCAAGAAAAUCCAAACUUGAUUCUUGCAGUACACCAGUUAAGAAUCCAACAACGCCAUCAAAACGACUGACUCCCCAGCCUGUUCGCCCAAUUACACCCGGGAAGACCCCUCCUUCAAGAAGUGUUGCAGUUCGUUCAACAUCGCCGAAACGACUACUCAAAACCGAAUUACGGGCCGCUUCCUCCAAUUCGCAAUCUGCCAAAGUCAAGCAAGCGGUGACCCCAAGCCAGCUGUUCCAGAAGAAUCAGAAUACUGGAGUUUCAACCCCAACUGUGGUGCUAGCACCUCAGCGAAGGCGUUCUUCGGGUAUCGGUCUUGACCGCGAAGGGCUUGGCUCCCCCCGAGUUGCUGCUCUUCUGGAUCGACGCGGAUCAAUUGGCAAGCAAGCAAAAUCCUUUGUGGCCAGUCAUCUUAGCGAAGUUACCCGCGGUGUGCGUUUUGAUGCGCCUCGGGCUAUCGAAGAGGAGGUUAACAAUGAGUGUAACCAAGAAGAGGAUUGUGAAAACGGGCGUAGCAUCAUGGAUCGCGAAGCAGAUCAUCCCGACGAUGAGAAGGAUGCCACCUUGAACCUCAAGGAGAUGAUCCAAAGUUUGACGCCCAAGAAGCGGCCCUUGAAAGGGCGUAAGAGUUUGCACGUAGGCGCUGCUAAAGGGGUAUUGGGGAAACGCCCGGCUGAGUUAGAUGACGAUGAAGAUGACGAUGACGAUGGGGGGGUUAAACGUCUUAAAGGCCAUCAAGGCAGCCCAGUAAAAAACGUCAGGCUUCAAGGGCCUCCAUCUAAGGCCGAAACAACCGGACGUCUUGCUCGUGUUGCUCGUAAGAGCCUGGGAGAAACCGCCGAUUCUGUCGUCGCCCCACCGAUCUCUUCUACAGACAUAUCCAAGGCUACGACUCCUCGCAGCCAAGGUUAUUUCAAAGAUGCCGAAGCUAAUCUCACGGGUCAAAUGGUACCUUUGACGGAGAGAAAAGCCGUCGGCGACCCACAGAUCAACGAGGGAAGUGUUGAGAAUGGCCGUAUCCAACUACAGGACUUUUUAAAUAUGACCAAUAUCCGCUUCAUGGAAUUGACGACAACCAAGCGUAGACAUACCAUUGCCGCGAAACUAUCAACUGAUGAUCCAAAGGAUCCAAAGGAGGAUACCGAAGUAUCUCUCGAGGAUUGCGUUGCCGCUGGAGCCGCUACUAUUCCAAUGCUCGAGUUAUUUCAACAUGCUUGUCAUGAGCUUAAAAGCUAUAUCUCAGAAGGUCGGAAAACCGUCCGCGAAAUUGAAACCGAGACUUUCGAAGAGAACCCCCCCCUCUUCCGCGAAUACAUCUCAGCCAUGCCUGAUAUGAAGAUCGUCAUGGACAAUCAGCUGAAAAAUGUCAAGACCCAUGCAAGACUUCUGAGCAAAGAAAUGUGGUAUGAUUGGCGAAUGACUCUCCUCAGCACAUUGACAGGGGGUCUUGAAAAGACCAGGGAAGGGAUGAUUCAUGAUGAAGAGAUUCUAGACCAUCAACAAAUCUUACUCGACUCUGUGCUUCCCCAGCUCCUUCAAAAGGCCGAAGUACUCGAGCAUGAAGUGACUGACCUCCAAUCUGCCGCGGAAGACCUAGCCAACUGCGACCCUGAAGAACUAAGUAGCGUUCGCCAGGAUCUAAUUGCCGUCGAUGCGGACAUUGAAACGAAAAGGCGGCUGAUAACCGAUCUGCGUAAACAGCUAGAUGCAGAAGAAGUCGAGCUUGGAACAAGUGCCGAGAGAAAGCAAGUCUGCAUGGAAGAAAUCCGCAAAGCAGAGAAAAUUAGGGAAGAGUGCAGAGGAUGGACCUCGAGUGAAAUUAACUCUUUCAAAGCCAAGGUAGAUGCUAUUGAGCAGGAGCAUGGCUGGACCAUUACUGGUGUUUCGGGUACUACUACCUCUAUGACCUACCGAAAGGACAUCGAGCUUGUUUUCGACGCCGCCUCAUUUCUCCCGAGCGAAGCCGACAGUUCGGCUAGGCACCCUGUGAAUGCACGCCUCGAUCUCUGGUACAUCGGCGCAAGCAGAGAGCUCAAUCCUGAGCCAUUGACAGUAGAGCGAGAAUUCUUUCUUCAAGCCAUUCGUGGCUAUAUUCGAGGAUUAUCGCAGGCACAAACGCAUGUGAAGGACCUUCUGAAAGCCGUCAGCAUUUCCUGGAACAAGGCGGCCACCGUUGUCGAUGAUAUUCUCUUGCUGAACGUGAGCUGUCCUACGCAUAUUUCCAAAGUAUCUGACAAUUCCGUAAUGAUCAAGUCAUCGCUCUUGAUUGUGCCUUUGACGACAAAAGUCGAACUUGCCGUUCAGUUAACUAGUCAAAGUAGGGAAGAGGGUAUUGUUGUUGAGAUGGCUCCAAGCGCUACUAUUGUCUAUGGUGAGAGGUUCAACGAGCCGAAAAUGGGGGAAUUCCUUCUCAAUAGGUGCGGGAAUGUAGUUGAGGAGAAGGGGCGGUCUACGAAAGUCUCAUGGGGCAACGCCAUCGCUGAGUUAGGAGAGAAGCUGCUGGCAAGAGGGCGGAAGUGA